AUGUGCAUUGGCGUUGGUAUCUGGACUGAGAAAGAUAAUACACGAACGAGCGGUGAAACAGGAAGGGAAGAAAGGGAAGAAAAGGGACAACGGGAGCAACAGAGAAGGAAGGCAAGCAAACAAGCGCAGCGGAUGAGGGAUUUCGAGAAAGCAAAUGGAGACAAUGUGCACAAGAAAGAAUCCGUCGGUACAGAGGUGUUAGCCCUGCAUAGCCCUGCAUCCGGUCGAGAUAUACUCGCGGUGACUCACGCACAGACGCAUGUGCUCAUCCAACGCUCGCACCUGCCAAUUCACUCGCAUCUAUACCAAGGCUUCGAUAUUCAGGAUGAUGUCGAUGAGGAUGGCGAUGCGAAGUGGGAGGAGACGCAGACAAGACGCGAGCAGACGUGGUGGAUUAAACCAAGUCAGGAGAAUGUAGACUGGAAAUAUACGCACGACAUGUUCCCGCCUUCGAUCGCGACGACAUUCCUGUACCGUCACUACCUGACAUCGGCCUGUGGUCCCAAGGCGGAGCGUAAUCAUAAAAAAAAGGUGAAAAUUGAGCAGAGGAUGGAACACCAGGGACAGGUGCAAGAGGUGAAAGAUCCUGCGAGAGACAGUGAAGCAAGGGGCACCAUGGAUGCAUACACGAGGAAGAAGGAAGAAAUAGAAAAAGACGUCAAAGGUCGAACGCACGUGGAUCUUGCACAGGAAGAAGUGCGGACGGUCAAACCCGUCAUGGCGGAAGACCAGCGGGGAGGCAGGCGCGGCGGUACUCCUGUCCUCCGCAUCCCCUCGACGGUGCUGCAAAGGUAUUGCAGUGGUGGACGGGGACCUUGGAUGCAGGGAAAGGGUCGCUUGCCCGUUUGGGCUAGCCAGCCAAAAGGACAUCAAGACCGCCAAGAAUUAGGCCGAAGGGAAGAGGACCGCAAGUCCGCGUCGAACAGGGAGAGCCGGGGCGGAGAGGGCGUCACAUCGGCGGUCGUGCAGUUGAACGGGCGAGUGACGUAUGCAGGGAGCGAAAACUCGUCGGCGGACCGCACGGGCGCACGAUGGCCGUGGGAAUCGCUUACGCUCGACUUGACCAACUCCGGCGACCAGCUUUGUCAUGGCCUGGCAUCGCAUCUGGCUAAAACUCAGGACUCCCUUCUUCUGGACCCAGUGCAGGGCACACGAAUGCGAACUCCCACAGCCCCUACGCAUGCAACCUCCGCCAUCGAGGCGCAGCGCAUGCUCAGAAGCAUCCCGUCGCUGCAGCCCCGUGCAUUUAGCCCUCCGUACACGCAUAUAUGCUCUCAAAUUAGUAAUUCGGGCACCAUUUGCGUCGUCGCAUGUGAGGCUGGCGACGCCGUAUUGAGCCCUGCUGAAGACAGGCUGGAAGAAUGUGGACAGAGUAUAUGUGUUGAUGCUCUGGAGCACGACGCAAGCGAUGGGCUUUGA